ACACAAUUGAUAAAUAAUUUGCACGGCGAUUGAAAUGGCGUGUAGAAAGUGUCACGCAUCCAUAUGGCAAAUGAUGUCACGCAGAUAACACUAAAGGAGGCUUCACAUCGCUUCGAUUCUUUACUAUCAAAGCAUGCUAAAGCCUCGGUGUCGACCGCGGAGUUCCCCAGUGGUGAAAUUUUCUUGUCGUUCGUAUCGUCCCGGGAUACCCUGUGAAACAGCUGCAGUGUUAAUGAGAUUCAUUCAUUUUGAUUUGAGAGGGUGAAUUUCGUCUUACAAGCUGACGUAACAAUAUUACAAUGAAAGGAUACAUUUUCUUACGGUUUAUGAAAGUCUCGUUACUGUGCAGUCACCAGGGGGCAAGCAUGGAUUAAUGUACUUUAGGAAACUCAACAUCAUCGGCAUUUCGUCUUCAUCGUGAUUUUGAUGCAACCACGGAUUUAUAAUGGACUUGGGUGUGAAUACAUGUCCAGCGGAACAGCGAGCUUUCUGAAGAUCUUCAUAUUGCUAUUUUGUUGCAGGAGGGUUCCUGCUGCCCCCGUCUCUCCGGCGUUGUUGUGAAUUGAUCUAACAUGGCGACUGUACCAGUAUAUUGCAUCUGCAGAUUACCUUACGACGUAACCCAGUUUAUGAUCGAAUGUGAUGCUUGUAAGGACUGGUUCCACGGGAGCUGUGUUGGAGUGGAUGAGGAUGAAGCGCCUGACAUCGACAUCUACCACUGUCCGAACUGUGAGAAGGACCACGGCAAGUCCACGUUGAAAAAGAAAAAGAACUGGAACAAGCAUGACACGGGACAGGGUGGUGACGUACGGGCCGUCCAGAACGGCAGCCAGGUGUUCAUCAAGGAGCUCCGCAGCCGCACCUUCCCCAGUUCUGAGGAUGUGGUGGUCAAAGUGGCGGGAAACCAGCUGACCAUGGACUACCUGGAAGAGAAGGGCUUCAACGAGCCCAUCCUGGUACUGAAGAAGGACGGUCUGGGGAUGUCCAUGCCUGCACCCACCUUCUACGUCAGUGACGUGGAAAACUAUGUCGGUCCAGAUGUCCCGGUAGAUGUGGUCGAUGUCACCAAACAAACAAACAGCACGAUGAAGCUGAAGGAGUUUGUGGAUUACUACUAUAGCACAAACAGGAAGAAAGUACUCAACGUCAUCAACCUGGAGUUUUCAGAUACUAGGAUGGAUACGAUCGUGGAGAGCCCGGCAAUCGUGCGAAAGCUGUCGUGGGUUGAGAACUACUGGCCGGACGACGCACUGCUGGGCAAGCCCAAGGUGACCAAGUACUGCCUGAUCUGCGUCAAGGACAGCUACACCGACUUCCACAUCGAGAACGGCGGCGCAUCCGUCUGGUACCACGUGCUAAAGGGAGAGAAGAUCUUCUUCCUCAUCAAGCCCACCUCGGCCAACCUGUCGCUGUACGAGCGCUGGCGGUCCUCGUCCAAUCACAGCGAGAUGUUCUUCGCGGACCAGGUGGACAAGUGCUACAAGUGCACGCUCAAGCAGGGUCAAACUCUCUUCAUUCCGUCAGGGUGGAUCAAUGCAAUACUGACUCCUGUUGACUGCCUGUCCUUCUCCGGGCACUUUGUCCACAACCUGAGCGUGGAGAUGCAGAUGAGGGCGUACGAGGUGGAGAGGAGGCUGAAAGUAGACAGUCUUACACCCUUUUCAAACUUUGAGACGGCCUGCUGGUAUGUAGGACGACACUUGUUGGAGCGAUUCAAAGGUUUACAUAAGACAAAUAAGCAGCCAGCUCCCUACUUGGUACACGGUGCCAAAAUCAUCAACGGAGCCUUCAGGUCGUGGACUAGAAAACAGGCCCUCCUGGAGCACGAGGAUGAACUUCCAGAGAACAUGAAGCCAACACAGCUCAUUAAAGACCUUGCCAAAGAGAUUCGGAUUUGUGAGAAUGCAACUAAAGCCAUAAAGUCGGAGCCCAGCAACACCAAGCUUCCGGCCGAGGAGCCCCCCUCAGCGCUCGCGGAGCAAGAGGACCCUGCGUCCCCUGCCGCCACUCCUCCGCGGGACAAGCCGGCCAGAAAGAAGGCCACCAAGCCUCCCAAGCCACCCAAGAUGCCCAAGGCACCCAAACCACCCAAGGUGCCCAAGGUCAAGGAGGGUGGGAAGAAGAAAGGGAAGAAGGCCAAAGAUGGCGGCAUCCCUCCCAAACCCUCCAGUCUGGCGGCACUCGAGUCCCACGCCAAGGACAUCCUCAGCAAGAUGGACCAGCCCAAGAAAGGAAAGGCUGCAAAGAGUGUAAUGAGUCCGGUGGAGAGGGAACCAAACAAGCAGAACGAUGUGGAGAAGUUUGAAAUACGAGAACACAACAAGAAACAAACCGAGGCCAAGUGGAAAUACAAGAACAGUAAGCCAGACUCCCUAUUGAAAAUGGAAGAAGAGCACAAGUUUGAAAAGUCGUCACUACACAAAGACAGGUUCAGCUUUUCGAUGUCCAACAAGAAACUCUUGGGCUCAAAGACGCUGAAGCCACAGACAAACUCCAGCGUGUUCGGAUCGUUACAAAACCUGAAGGACGAUAACAAAAAUAAGCCCGUCAGAGACGAGUACGAGUACGUCUCGGAUGAGGGAGAGCUCAAGAUCGACGAGUUCCCCAUUAGGAGGAAAAAGAAUGCUGUGAAGAGGGAUUUGUCAUUUUUAUCAAACAUCAAAGAACCCUUACAGCCUUCCAAAAAGCCAAAGCUGCAGCCCUCGGUCCUGAAGAACGGUGACUCAUCAGACGAGGAGUCGCUUCACAUAGAUACGGACGCCAAGCCCGAGGUCAAAGGGCGUAACUCCAAGGUCAAGAAGAAGGGCGGCAACGCAGCCGGCAUCCUGGACCUGCUGCAGGCCAGCAAGCAAGUGGGCGGCAUCGACUACAGCGCCAACAGUCAGCCACCUGCAUCCCCCAGCACACAGGAAGCCAUUCAGGGCAUGUUGUCCAUGGCUAACCUGCCAUCCUCAGUCUCCUGCCUGACGCCCUCCUGGAGCAAUAGCCAGUCCAAGAGCAACUCGCAUGGAGGACAAGGGUCCAAGAAGGCUAGCGCUGCCGGAGGCGGCGGCAGCGGCGGCGGCGGUGGUAGCAACAGCAACAACAACAGCAAGAAACAGAGCAAGCGGCCACCCAAGAAGAGCCGCAAGAGCAGCAGCGUGGACAGCGACACGUUCGACGACGACCAGGACCACCUGGAAGCGUGCUUCAAGGACUCCGACUACGUUUAUCCUUCCUUGGAGUCCGAAGAGGAUAACCCUGUCUUCAAGUCGCGAUCGAAGAAGCGGAAAAACUCGGACGACACUCCGUACAGCCCCACAGCUCGCGUCGGGCCCUCGGUUCCCCGUCAGGAGAGGCCUGCUCGAGAAGGGGCGCGGGUGGCGUCCAUAGAGACAGGCCUGGCAGCUGCGGCUGCCAAACUCUCCCAUCAGGAGGAGCAGCAGAAGAGCAAGAAGAAGAAGAAGAGCACCAAAAAGAAGCCUCCGGCGCCCAUGAUGGAGGAGCCCGACGAUGACGAGGAGGAGCCACCGGUCAAGCAUCAAGUACGAGAUCGGGAUCGGGACCAGGACAGCAGCUCCCCGGAGCCCGACCUGGACUCGCAGGAGGGCCUCCUGUCCGACCACGAGUACAGCACGGGGGGCUCCACGGCGGCGGGGGGCAAGGGGGGCGCCGGCGGCCCGCAGCCCAUGGCCCCGGGCGUCUUCCUCAGCCACGGCCAGAGGAGACCCUCCACCUCCUCGUCCUCGCAACACAACAGCAACAACAGCACGGCGUCCGCUGGCAGCGCGGCUAAAGGAGGGGAGAAGGCCGGGGCUGGGGCCGGGGGCGCCGCGGCAGGUGCUGCAGCGGGAGCGGGAGCAGGGGCGGCUGACUCCAAAGCCAAGCGGGUAAAGAAAGGCAUGGCGACGGCCAAACAGAGACUGGGAAAGAUCCUUAAGAUCCAUCGGAAUGGCAAGCUCCUUCUGUAGCCUGGGACAGCAGUAUAAGGACAGGAUAUUUUCUCCUGACGUGAUGGACCCAUGGAUUGGCCUAUCCCACCCCGCCCUGGCUUGGCCCGGCCCGGCCCGACCCAGUCCAACCUACCCCUCUCUCUCUCUGUACUGCUCUCCCUAACUCUUUCACCCUGACCCACCCACCCGUCCCCUGCGAUCCUCCCCAGUCUUGUGAAAGACGGGAGCAGAUGGCCUGACCCAAGGGAGAGAGAAGCCAACUACGACCUUUUUGAUUUCUAAGGAGAACAUAGCUCAAACAAAACAAAACAAAACAAACAAACAAAAAAUGGGCUUUUGCCUCAACAUAUACUUUAUAACUUUCAGAUAUGGAAAAAGUGUACAGAAUACCUGCUAUUAAUAUUUUUUAAGAGGAUUUUUUGUCUCAUUUUACUACGGUUGUCAUUUUAUCAGGGGGUUUGCUCGAGACAUAAGGAAAAUCUACAUAGCAGUCAUUCCAAGAUGUUAGAAAGUAUCCCUUGCAUGUGAUCCGGCUGCAUGUAUGCAUUGAUUUAAGGUGGGGUUGGGAGGGGUGUGCGCGUGUGUGUGUAUGUGCGUG